AUGUUUGCGGAUCAAUUAACAGAAGAACAAAUUGCCGAAUUUAAAGAGGCAUUUUCAUUAUUUGAUAAAGAUGGAGAUGGAACAAUUACAACAAAAGAAUUAGGCACAGUUAUGAGAAGUUUGGGACAAAAUCCAACAGAAGCUGAAUUACAAGAUAUGAUAAAUGAAGUCGAUGCCGAUGGAAAUGGCACAAUUGAUUUUCCAGAAUUUUUAACUAUGAUGGCACGAAAAAUGAAAGAUACUGAUAGUGAAGAAGAAAUACGUGAGGCAUUCCGAGUGUUUGAUAAAGAUGGCAAUGGAUUUAUAUCUGCAGCCGAAUUACGACAUGUAAUGACAAAUUUGGGAGAAAAAUUGACUGACGAAGAGGUUGAUGAAAUGAUUAGAGAAGCAGAUAUUGAUGGAGGUAUACUCAUUUUCUUAAAUAUUUCUAAACUUUAUAAAUAG